AAAAUAGAUAACCUAAUUAAAAUCAAUUAAAAAUUAAAAAAAUAGUUUGUUAUGACUUUAAGAUAGGCUGUCAUCUUGGCCAAUACGCACAGUUGACCAAAAAAAUAAACCAUGUUGCGUAUCAGCUUCACAAAUCGUCUUCAAGAAUCUAACCUCUUUCUUCCAUCUUAUGCCUUUAGAAAUCUAUACAUACACACAUUUUCACAAUUCUGUACACAAAAACACUUCCAAAAACAUCACAAAAUAUGAAACGAGAGGGUCGUCAACAUGGUUAUGUUAGUUGCUAUCAUAACCUUCCAGCUUCACUAUCUCGACAAAGAUUUGUAAAGAUGGUAGACUCUGCAUCAACUAUGGGCUUGUUCGCCAAGGUCCCCACAAAGCCAACAAACCAUUCAAAGUUCACAGGGAAAUGUCGAAAGCCACGAUGCAAUGGAUGUCAUCUCCACCCGGUUUGCAAGUCCAAAGCCAAGGCAAAAGGUGCCAUGAAGAUCAGAUCGAUUGAUCACGAAAACGAGUUGGCCAAAUAUUCUUUUGGGACUUCUGCCACCGGUGUUUUGGCUUAUUUGGCGGAUGGUGGUUAUGAUAACGAUGAUUAUGAUUAUGAUUAUGAUUAUGAUUACGAUGAUAGAGUAGAAGAAAACUACAAUUAUAGUUAUGGUUAUGGUUAUGAUUAUGAUUAUCGUUAUGAAUAUAAUGAUAAUGAUGAGGGUGACAAUGAUGUCGAUGUUAAAACUGAUGAUGACGAUGACGAUGAAGACGAGACCAUGAGCUUUUGUGAUGUUGGAUUAUGUUGGGGACAUGGAGAUGAGGAUGAAUAUGGAGAUGAUGAUGAUGGAUGGUAUUUGGUGGGUGGAGAAAUGUGGUAGAUUCCAAUUCUUUUGGUUAAAUUCACACUAUCAUCAUAUUCUAAUUAUCCUUGAUGAUUAUGGGUUUGAUCUAAAUAAAUUAUUGUUAUUACUUGUUAAUUAUGAUGUAUGAUAUUGUUUGUGUACUAUUUGAAUAAAGUUGUCUCAAUUCUUGUUGUGUACU